AUGUCCUUUUCUGAUUUUUCUAAGAUUGAAACCUUGAAGGAAUUGAACACCUUCUUGGCUGACAAGUCCUACAUUGAAGGCACUGCUGCUUCUCAAGCUGAUGUUGCCGUGUACAAGGCCUUCCAGGAAUCUUACCCUGAAUUCUCGAGAUGGUUCAACCACAUUGCCACCAAGGCCGGCGAAUUCAGCACUUUGCCAGCUGCUACCGGUUCUGCUGCUGCUCCUGCUGAAGAAGAUGACGAUGAUGAGGUCGACUUGUUCGGUUCUGAUGAUGACGAAGUCGACGAAGAAGCUGAAAAGUUGAAGGCCAAGAGAUUGGCUGAAUACAACGCUAAGAAGGCUGCCAAGCCAAAGCCAGCUGCUAAGUCUAUCGUUACCAUGGACGUUAAGCCAUGGGAUGACGAAACCGACCUAGAGGAAUUGCUUGCUAAUGUCAAGUCUAUUGAAAUGGAAGGUUUGAGCUGGGGUGCUCACCAAUGGAUUCCAAUUGGUUUCGGUAUCAAGAAGCUACAAAUCAACCUUGUCGUUGAAGACGCUAAGGUUUCUAUUGACGACUUGCAACAGGCCAUCGAAGAAGAUGAAGAUCAUGUUCAAUCUACUGAUGUUGCCGCCAUGUCAAAGUUGUAA